AAUGGUAUGCCAGCAUUCCUCGCGCCUCACAAGUCCGGCGUGCAUCGUGUGACAGCAAUCGCUCUCUACCGCGCCCUCUUGACAAAAUGUCGAGUUGCACCACCACCCCUUGAAGCCUCUGCCUUGAGAGCUGUCGUCAAGAACAGCUUUGCAAGGAAUAGACAUGUAACGAGUCAAAACACCUUACGGGUCAGCUUUGCCGGUGGCUACGAAGUAUGUCUUGCUCUUGGGUAUUUCAGACUUGUCAGUUCUGACACUCAUGUUCACAAUAGGNCACUGCAUCAUUUAGACGCCUCAAUCGCCGGCAACAAACCCAGCACCUCGUACCUCACAACCUUGCUAUCACGCCUCCCCAAAUCUCUCAAGACGACUGGCNCCUUCAAACCCCGCUCCUCCUCCACCUCCAGCAGCCAAACCCGCCGCACCGNNCAAGGAACAGCACUAUCCCUGCACCCGCGACCAGCCUUCUCCCUACCCUCCCGCCGCCGCAUCCCCACCCUCGUCUCGGCCAACAAAAUCCCCUUCCUGCGCUUCACAAAACCCCAACCCGCCGCGCUAUCCCACUACCUCAAAUCCCGCAUCCUCGCCCGUCAACAACGCCUAGACCGCAAAUCCGCUCUGGAAGCACAGAUGGAGAUUGCAAGGGGUGAAGACGAGUGGGAUCGUAUUCUGCUGGCACAAGGAAUAGAAGAUGAAGGGGGUGGUGUGAGGAAUGGCAAGGUUUUGUGGACAAGGGAGGUUUAUGAGGCUUUGCGGUAUACGCUUGGCGUUAUUGAGGCUGAGGGAGUGAAGAACAAGGAGAUGGCCGAGAAGAUGGUUGCUAUCAUCGAUAAAGAGAAAGAGUUGGCCGAGGUUGAGAGGAAGGAGAGGAAGAGGUUGAAGAAUGAGGAGAGGAGGAAGAGGAAGGCUGAAGGUAAUGGAGACAGCAAGGUAUAA